CGGACUCUCGAGACCAAGCCUGACAACAGUCGACCACUUUUCCGAAGCAAAUCGCACGCAUACCUCCGGGCAAGGCCCAAUUCAACAAGAUGCCUGGAAGGCAAGCACACGGCAGGUCGCUCAUGGGCGGAGGCGGCGCCGCCGGCAAGAACAAGCAGGGCAAGAACAGAUCCAAGUCUCGUGCGCAAAAGGCCGCGCUCAACGCCUUCUCCAUCGCCGAGGAUCAGUUCGCCGACCGCCAGAAGCGUACACCCCGAAACAGAGAGCUCGAUGCCCAGAUCCAGUCGAGCCGCGGGAAGCGCAGUCGCGACGACGCCGACGAGGAUGAUGACGAGGACGGCGAGGGCUUUGGCGACGACGACGACGACGACGAUGCGAACGACGGCCCUCCCCGCAAGAUGCGCCGCGGCGCGGACAAGGAGCAGGAUGUAGAGUACGGCAGCGACAGCAGCGGGAACGAGUGGCGCAUCGGUGUUGGUGCGGACGACGACGACUCCGAGAUUGACAGUGACGAGGCUUUUGGAGAGAGCGACGCUGAGCGGUUCGAGGACUAUACCUUCCGGGGCAGCCGCAAAAAGCAGGCCGAAAGCGAUGACAACGACGAAGAACUCGAAGACGCAGAUGGCGCAUCGUUAGGCUCUGACGCAAUUGACCUCGCUCAAGCUCUUGAUAUGUCCAUGUCAGACGAUGACGACCAGCCGGAGGGCGAAGAUGCCUCAUCAGACGAAUCUGGAAGCAGUGACGACAGCGACGCCAGUGACGCCAGUGACGUCUCUUCCGAGGACGAAGAUAUGGACGACGACCUAUCGGAGUCUGGCGUGAACGCCUGGGUCUCCAAAUUCUCAGGCGUGAAAGCCACCGACGAGGAGGCGCCGGCUGCGACGACAAAGCCCAAGAUCGGCCUGAAAGAGCUAGGUCUCCUACAAGUCAAGGAUCCUCAGCUCAAAAAAUCGGUGAAGCUCAUGGGCAAGGAGCAAAAGUCCAGCAAGCCGCAGAAGCUCGCAGUCCCGCUCGCCAAGAGACAACAGGACAGGCUAGAUCGUGAGGUUGCGCGCGACAAGACAAAUCAGACACUGGACCGGUGGACAGAGACCGUGAAGCAGAAUCGUCGCGCCGAGCACCUCGUCUUUCCCUUGCCGCAAACAGAGACAGGUCUUGCCAGGCACGACAAUACCGAGCUUCAGCCUCUCAACCUUCAGAGCACAGGAAACGAGCUGGAGUCCACGAUCCUGGCGAUUAUGGAGGAGAGCGGCCUCGGCCCUAGUGCUGCGAAGGAGGAAGAGAUGAAAGGGCCUGAUGGCGAGAAGUUGACCAAGGAGGAACGCCAGGCUAUCGCCAACGAAAAGCGGAGGUUGAGGGAGCUCAAGUCUCGCGAAGAGAAGAAAGCAAAGCGGAUCGCCAAGAUCAAGAGCAAGGCCUACCACCGGGUACACCGGAAACAAAGAGAGCGUGAUGACAUGAAGGCACACGAAGCCAUGGUCGAGGCCGGCGAGAUAGACUCAGAAGAGGAGAGGGAAGUCCGCGACCGCCAGAGAGCAAUGGAGAGAAUGGGUGCGAGGCACAAGGAGAGCAAGUGGGCUAAGAUGUCCAACAAGGCGGGCCGUGCUGCCUGGGACGAGGAUGUCCGUGUCGGCAUCGCCGACAUGGCGCGACGAGACGAGGAGCUCAGACGCCGCAUCGAGGGCAAGUCGGCCAAGGCGACUGGUAGCGAUGACGACGAUGACUCAGACUACUCGGCAGACUCGGAAGAUGCAGACGACCGAAAACGUCUGCUGCAGAAGCUCAACUCGCUCGACCAGGACGAUGACGAUCAGCCGAGGUCAGCCUUGAUGAACAUGCAGUUCAUGCGUAAAGCCGAGGCAGCGCGCAAAAAGGCCAACGAUGAGACCAUUGCCCAGAUUCGACGGGAGCUGGCCUCAGAUGGAGAGGAGGGAGAGGAUUCCGACGAUGGCCCUGAGGAGAUAGGCAGGAAAAAGUAUGGGCAGCAGACAGGGAAGGCGAAGCCCAGCGACAAUCUCAUCAAGGCCGCCAAGAGCAAGAACAAAGAUGCCGGCUCGGCCCUGCAGGCGGCACGAGACACAAUCGCCACAGCCAACAGCUCAGCAGUAUUCUCAGCCAAGAUGGGUGCGCCAACCAACAAUGUCACCGCGGGAGCAUGGAGUCAAGCGGCGACAACCGGCCCAGCCAAGAAACAGAAGGGCAAAAAGGUGGGCUCGAGCGCGGACGUCCUCGAGAUCAAUGCAGACUCUGUCGCAGUAGCGCCUUCCGUGCCAGCACCGAAGCCCAACAAGUCAGCCAUUGAAGCCAAGAAGACAGCCAAGAAAGGCCUCACAGGCGGCCGCGGAGAGGUUUCCUCGGACGACGACGAUGACGAGGCCCAUAUGCCCGUGCAGUUCCGCGAGCAGGAUCUCAUUGAUCGCGCCUUUGGCGGGCUCGACGUUGUGGCCGACUUUGAGGCCGAGAAGGCGGCCAUUGCGGAGGAGGAUGAUGACAAGAUUGUCGAUAACACGCUUCCCGGCUGGGGCAGCUGGGUUGGCGACGGCGUCAGCGCGCGUGAGAAGAAGCGCCACCAGGGCCGGUUCCUGGUCAAGCAGGAAGGCGUCAAGAGCAAGGACCAGCGCAAGGACGCGAAGCUCAAGGACGCAAUCAUCAACGAGAAGAGAGUCAAGAAGACCGAAAAGUAUCUCGCCACACAGCUCCCGCACAUGUUUGAGAACAAGGCGCAGUACGAGCGCUCCUUGCGUCUGCCCGUCGGCCAAGAGUGGGUAACGAAGGAGACGUUCCAGGAGGCCACGAAGCCGCGGAUCAUGGUCAAGCAGGGUAUCAUCGCGCCCAUGGCCAAGCCUACGCACUAAGUCGGCAGCACACGCUGCCUUUUCGUCGAUUUCCGGUAUGGUGCGCUGGCUGUGGUGGCCUGCUGUCCCCCUGGGCCAGAUGCCGCCGUGUUGUAUAGACAUGCAUAGCGCGUGGAAUAUUGGCAUGCCGCUUUGAAUAUCGAAAUUGCACUAGAUGUA